AUGAUCUACGGCCCAGGCAUAGCGGCAAGCGAGUACUGUACAGAAAGGUACUACAACUAUUUGCUGUUCGGUAACACCUACGCCACGCGAUCUAUCUACUGCCCGUUCGGAUGUUGUGGGAACUAUAACGACGAGUACUGCUGCAUAAACAACGCCGGGUACAUCAUUGGCAUUGUCUUUGGUGGCAUCGUAGGGCUCAUCUUCCUCAUCACCAUCAUCUGCUGCUGUGUUAAACACUCCGCCUCGUCCACUCGGGGCAGGACGAUCCAGCCCGCACCGGUCGCUAAUGGACACACUACCCACACGACCACCUUCAUAACACCCACUGCCCCGCCCAACUACUCCUCCGUGGCCUACAGCACCAGCUACAGCCAGCCGUUGAACGGAGCGGCGCCUCUACCCCAGUACUCCUACCCACCCGCCCAGUUCGCCCCGCCCUACCCCGGGUACAACCAGAACCUCGGACCUCCCGUAUACUCCAAGCCUGGGAGCAACAUUGAUCCCCCGCCGUCAUACAGCUCCCCUGCGCCCUACGACUGAGUCUUGUCCCC